AUGUCAAGUUCGAUGGAACCCCGGCCACUCACGUCGGCCUUUGAAAGCCCAACCUUCGAUGAGGAUAGUUCGUUUCAUGUGGAGCAGCCAGUUGGCUCCAUGUCCAUAUCCCCCUGUGGACGUGAUGUAGUUCUGGCAUCCAAGGAAGGUCUGCAUGUUAUCGAUCUGGACUCGCCCUAUUCACCACCGCGGUAUCUUCCUCAUCACACACCAUGGGAAGUCGCUGAUGUGCAAUGGUCACCCUUCGCCUCCCGCGACUACUGGGUGGUGAGCACCUCAAAUCAAAAGGCCCUGGUCUGGAAUCUGGCGACGAAGACCUGGCAUAACUCCAUCGAGUAUGUCUUACACGCUCACUCACGCGCCAUUACCGACAUCAAUUGGUCAGCCUUCCAUCCCGACGUCUUGGCUACUUGCGCAGUUGACAGCUUUGUUCAUUGCUGGGAUCUUCGUACACCUUCGCGGCCUGUUAUCUCAUUUUCAGACUGGUUUACCGGUGCUACUCAGGUUAAAUGGAAUCGACAGGACCCACAUGUGAUUGCAAGCUCUCAUGAUCGCUACCUUCGCAUUUGGGAUGACCGAAUGGGCGCAUAUCCGAUCAAAUCGAUCGAAGCCCACGAUACCAAGAUUUAUGGAGUGGACUGGAAUCGUGUGAGACGAGGCGCUCUGGCGACGUGCUCAUUGGACAAGACCAUCAAAUUUUGGGACUACACCACUGAUACGGACGUUCCAGAGAAAUUGAUUCGAACGCCGUUCCCAGUAUGGCGGGCUCGCAAUACACCAUUUGGAUGGGGAGUAUUAGCUAUGCCUCAAAGAGGCAAUAGCGAUCUCCAUCUCUAUAGUCGAAGGGCGGGCGAGGGGAGCAACCCGGAGGAUGACUUGCCUCUGGUUCAUAGUUUUCCAGGCCAUAAGGGCCAGGUGAAGGAGUUUCUCUGGCGUCCGCGCGGAGGCGUUGUGGACGGCGUCGACAACCGCGAAUUCCAGCUCGUCACAUGGGGGACUGACCGCGAGCUGCGUCUUCACAGGGUGGAUCCCGAAAUCCUGUCGAGAGUCGGAUAUGAGAAGGGAAAGUCAUUCAUAUCGACGCGUCAUGUCACGCGUUUAGGUGCGGUUUAUCGAAGCUUUAGGGACGUCAACUCGGAUCUGGAUGUUGAGGAUGCUGAUUGUGCUUCUUCAGUGAGUCCAAAUCAUACGAGUACCCCGUAUCCGGGUAGUCCCGGUAUGAAUGCUAUCUCAAUAUCACAAGCCGGGCCGUGGUCGCGGAAUCAGGUAGACACUCGCAUGGGGAUGCAGCCGCGAUCAAAUUUGCGCGCCGACACUAAUCCAAUUGCGUGGAUGCGCGGGGUGAAAAUUUCCGGCUGGGACGUGGAGACAUUGGGAGAUGAGAUCAGCCACGUGGGAGAGAAAUUCACUAAAGUCGUCUUUGAGUCAGUUGAUGUGCGGCAAAGAAAGAUUUCCAUCUCGCUCAAUGGUCCCUGGGGCCUUGAUAAUUCAUCCUUGUUUCUUAAGGUUGAUAUCAAGUUUCCCGUCAGCUAUCCCAAGACAGCGAUUCCCACUUUCAACUUUCAAAAGACGGCAGCUGUAACUGAUGAGCUGGCUCAGAAACUAAAAGCGGAUUUGAGGACUAUAGCCGAAACGUUCAUGUCCAAGAAACGGGGCUGCUUGGAAGGCGCGGUGAGAUUUCUCUUAGGAGAGAGCAGUCUUGAAGAUAGCAUCGCAUGGAUCCUGGAAGAAACAGGAGAGAAUGUGAAGUCUCCGGUCAGCGGUGAUCUCGAGGGAGAAUCUAGCGACGAAGAUGAAGUGGGCAUGACACAAAGUCAAGAGCUAGGGAUGAGUUCAGACAUGCUUCGACCCGUGAAUGCAAAUGUGAUGGUACCGGUGGCCAAGGCAUGCGGUGCAUUGUGGGCGCAUGACGGCCGCCUCGUGUGCUUCUUCCCUCCUAAGAAGAACAAAUCGACUGAGCUCUUUGAUAGCAUUGGCUUCAAGGAGAUGAGUCGUUUGUCCAGAUCGGACAAAGUCUUUGAAGGAUUUGGCAGGUUGCAGACGAGCUCUCCUGGACCACGCGCAACCGGCACCAUUGCAAGUACCGACGAUGGGGUUUCUGACUACUCCGAUGAUUCGUGCUCUGAGACUUCGAGCUCCUCGGGAUCAUCCGACAUCAUCUCGGGCCUGCCAACGCGUUUCCAAGCAUCUCAAACUUGGCGCAGUGCAGGGAGCACAGGUCUUUAUCGACCAAGAUCGACCGAUAACUCCCAGCGAUCUAUCGGUGCAGCCGCAGCAAGUAAAGUAUCCGAAAUAUCUCGCAAUGUGAUCUCGAUCCACGAUCUCAAUGAUCUUUUGCCCGUCAAACGGGAGCUGGCUAGCACGUACCAGGUUUGCGGCCGAGGAACAGACGUUUGUGCUCAUAAUGCUGCGGUUGCCUUGGAUGCCGGGUGCUUCGAGCUGGCCCAGAUCUGGGGCCUUGUCAGACUUGUAUUGCAGGCCCAACAGAAAGCAUUGGCGACACGGGAGACGCGAGUUGGGGCGAACCAGUUGGCAAAAAGCGUUGAAUCAAGCGGGCCUUACAAAGACGUCGCAGGUAGUAUCAUUCGAUGGGGCAACCAUCCCAUGGGAAGCCAUUGGCUGAUACCCGCCUUGUUUGACCACUUUGAACGGAUCGGAGACAUUCAAAUGGUGGCUAUGCUUUCUUGCGUACUCCUGGGAGCAAGCCGCGAAGCUCGAGUUGAGAAACCACCAAAUUCUGGGUCUGAGGAGCAAGCAGCGUUCUCUAUGGAAAUAUCCUCGGAUGCCUCCACUGUGCAAAACAACAACACCAACAAUAACAAGUCUCAGGCUGCUACACCAGCCUCUUCCUUCCCUCAAGAAGCUCAAAAUCUACAACAUCUUGCCCCUCCAACAUCGACGCGCUCUUCGAGUGAGACUUGGCGGUUGGAGCCCACUCCGCCAUUUUCAACAGGCACCACCCCGCCGAUGAUAUCGCGCCCACGGGGUAUCGCAAAUGAUCGCAAGGCGCUCAGUCACAACGUUUCCAUUGCAGCGUCACCGGAGCAGCAAUCUCAGCCACGGAGUGGAUCUGGCUUUGGGUCUGCACUUGCUUCAUCACUGUCGCGUUCAUUUACAUUUGGGCCGUCUUCGGCUUCUCCGCCUCCCAACACUUCGAACAAGAAGAAAUCAAGCACGAGACCGAGUUCCGGUGUAACUACUGUUCCUGUGGCUCCCUCUGACACCGAAAGUGAAUGUCAACCUCCACGAAGAAAGGUUGGCGCGCGCUUCAAGGUCACCUUGAGGAACCAAAAUGCGUUUGACAGCGAUCACUUCGGCUCUGGUUCCUUGCUUGAUCAUGAAAAACAUGGUUUAUACCAUUCCUACCGUGCUGCCUACGCUGAGUUGUUGUCAAGGUGGGGGAUGUCCCUGCAACGGAGCGAAAUUCUGAAGAUUGGGACAAUUUUCAUGGCAUUGGACGAUAAGACCAGUCGUGAUGAAAGGUCUAGGGCGUCAGAUAUCAAUUCACCUCUACCGGAGGUGACGCCGACGGAGCAGUCGCCGGCAUUGCUCGAAGGAUUGGAUCUUCAACGCCACUGUACCAAUUGCGGGCAUGCCCAACGGGCCUCAAUUUUGACACCCUCCACAGUGCCCGAGACUCCCGGCAAGCGAUCUCGUCGCGCAAAGAAGACGGCAGUCAAGUGCUCCAAGUGUCAGCCUCGCCAGCCGCUUCCUACACGAACGUCUUGCAUCAUCUGCGGCGAACUGCCUGAUACGAUGUUAGUGCCUUGCUUGGGCUGUGGUCAUGUCAGCUGUUUUCCUUGUCAUCGUCGCUGGUUCUCCGGCGCAGACAAGCUCAAUGGUCCCUCGGUGCAAUCACAUCAAAGCUCUCUUGCUCUUUCAACCUGCCCCCGCGGCUGUGGUUGCAAAUGUUCCGACUUUGUCAUGGUUCAAGCACCUAUGCCUGCAUCAGAAUCCUCUACUCAAGCCCCGGUCCACCUCGAUAACGCAGACAUUGAUACGCCUCAGCGUCGUGUAGUGGCACGUGAGAAAGCGCAUCGACGUCGUCGAUCGGAGCCUUUUUCUAGUCGAGAGUCAAGUGGUCGCAAUUCGCCCGUCUCCAAGGCGCCUGUCAACCAGGCGCAGGUCGACCUGGACGCAUGGCAGGCAUCCUCACCAUUUGCUUCUCUGGCCCGAGGCAUGGGCGGUGGAUUGAGCCAAGGCCUGCGAUCCAAGGACGAGCGGAAGAGAAAUCGGUCGGUUGCAAUUGCCGCGACCAGGGGUCGCGGGAAAUGA